GAGACCUGUACAAAUCCUGAUAUUUUACAUUCACCAGAGUGCUCUGAAACAACCAAUCAAAUGUGCCCUAAAUGUACCGCUUCUGCUAUGAAGUAAAUAUUUUUGUGUUUCAGCGGUGCUGCUGCGGGUGCUGCGGGUGCAGCUGGAGGUGCGGCAGCAGAACAGGGACGUCUUGCAUGAGCUCCAGCAGCUGAGGCAUGAGGUACGGGUCGUGUCCGAGAGGCUGGAUGAAAUUGAGCCUCUCGACAGGACCCGUGCAGUGUCUCAGCCUGCCCUGUCGACGGUGCCUCCAGUUCUUCCUCGGCUACCUGCCAACAAUAUUGAAGAAUUGGAGGCAGCAGAGGCAGCCGUGCAGGAUGAGGCUGUGGCUGCCACCUUGCGCAAGCACCUCCUGCAAAUAGGAGGGAAGUCGCUGCGCGAGGUGGCAUCGAAUGCCAUGAAGGCUGUAAUGGCACACCCCGUCCAAGUGCUUUACAGCCUUCAUGGCAGGAAGGGGAAGAGGGCUUUCAUAAAUCUGAAGUUAUGCCGGAUAGUCACAGAUGUCAUCUGUGCAAAAGGGGGGGCCGACCUGACAGAAGCUCAGGGCUUCAUUAAGAGGUGGUUGCCAGGGUCUGUGGACAGGGGUGGUGGCAGGAAGAGGCGUUUUGCAGAAACGUUAGCAGCAGAGCAGCCCGAUGAUCCCUCCCUUCGGGGCAGGGAUCAUUGCCUGCCCACUGCUGCCCUCUCCCUGCCCCACCCUUGGCCUCAGGGCCCUGGCCAGUCCACCGUUGGCCCCUCCUGUCCGGCUGCCCAUGCUCCUUCCCCUGCUGCAGCCCCUCCUCCUGCCGCUCCUCCUGCCCCUGCUCCUGCCGCUCCUCCUGCCCCUGCUCCUGCUCCUGCCGCUCCUCCUGCCCUUGCUCCCCCUGCCCCUGUAUGCAUCAAUUGA